GAACGGGAGGGGGAGCCCCAAAGGCUCUGUCCUUGCAGUGACUUCAUGCCCCCCGUGCCGCUCCGUUUUGCUCACCCACCUGCUCCUGGUGCUCGCCACGGAGCAGCAGCGAACUUAGAGCAAGUUGUGGCCAUCAGGAGGAAGAGUAUGAGAUGGGCAGAGGCCAUAGCUCCCCACACUCGUCCCAUGCUGUCACCAGCACGGCUGCAGCCACAGCAAGUUGAUGACAUGGCAGGCACAGAGCAGUGCCUGUGACACCACGGGACAGCGUCACAGAGAGGCACUGUGAGCUCAGGGCAGAGGGGCUGACCCCAGCGCUCACGGAACCCCCCACUGCCACUCUCGAGCUGCCACGGCAGGUAAGGCAGCAGGCUCCUCCUGCUCCUGGCACUGCGGCCCUCCAGGGGAUCCCAGUGCCCCACAUCUCACCCCGGCGCCCAUUUGGGCAUUUCCCCACAGAGAGAAUUCCUUCAUCGCUGACGGUGCUUCCGACACCCGACGCAACUUUAUUUGGAUCUUUGUGCCCCCACCGGCCACUGCUGCGAUGCAGACCACCAUUGGCGGAGCAGUGCCCGUAUCCUUCCAGCCCAUCCCUGCCCCCAAUGUCACCUCCAUGGUGCCUCAGGCCUCUGUCCAGCCGGGGGUACCGGGUGUGCAGGGACAGGGAGCGCAGCUGCCACCUGGGGCGAUGCCUCAAACUGUGCUUCAACUGCCACCUGGGGCAAUGCCCGCAGCAGUGCUUCAGCUGCCACCUGGGGCAAUGCCCCAAACUAUUGUUGAGCUGCCCCUUGGGGCAAUGCCCUAUACUGGGGGUCAGCUCCCACCUCAGGGGGUACCCCAAACUGUGGGCCCACUCCCACCGCAGGGGGUAGCCCCAGUGGUGGGUCCGAUCCCACCUCAGGGGCUGCCCCCAACGCUGGCUCAGCUCCCACCACCUGGGGCAAUGCCCCCAACUGUGCUUCAUCUGCCACCUGGGGCAAUGCCUGACAGUGUGAUUCAGCUCCAAUCUGGGGAGAUGAACACACCUGCAGUUCAGCUGCCACCUGGGGCAAUGCCCCAAACUGUGGGUCCGCUCCCACCUCAGGGGGUAGCCCCAGUGGUGGGUCUGAUCCCACCUCAGGGGCUGCCCCCAACAGUGGGUCAGCUCUCACCUGGGGCAAUGCCCCCAACUGUGCUUCAGCUGCCAGCUGAGGCAAUGCCCCAAAGUGUGGGCCCGCUCCCACCUCAGGGGGUGCCCCCAACGGUGGGUCAGCUCCCACCUGGGGCAAUGCCCCCACCUGUAGUUCAGGUGCCACCAGGGGCAAAGCCUGAAAAUGUGCUUCAGCUGCCAGCUGGGGCAAUGUCCCCAAAUGUGUAUCAGCUCCCACCUCCGGGGGUACUCCCAACUCUGGGCCCGCUCCCACCUCAAGGGGUACCCGCAACUGUGGGUCAGCUUUCAAUUCAGGGGGUACCCCCAACUGUGGGCCCGCUCCCACCUCAAGAGGUGCCCCCAACUGUGGGCCAACUCCCACCUCAGGAGGUGCCCCCAAUUGUGGUUCAGCUCACACCUGAGGGGCUGUACACAAUUGUGGGUCAUCUCCCACCCGGGGAGAGGCAGUUACCCCUCCUCCAGCUCCUACCCGGCGGGAUGAAGCCGGGUAUGCCUCCCCCCAAUGCCCCUGCCCACUGCUGGCAACAUCCCCGGCUGGCAGGGAAGCGGCAGCGGCAGCGCCAGCAGCCGAUGGGGCUGCGGCCCGGGGCCGUGUGCCGUGGGAAGCCCCCGCAGCCCGCAGGCAGCUGCCCGCUGCAGGCCCCCGGCCGCCCCGGCCCCUCCACGCUCCUCCGAGCACCUGCAGUGCAGCAGCGGGUGCUCCCCGGGCCCUGCACCCUGCCCGCCAGCUGGGAGCAGGCGACGGGGCCCUUUGCAGAUGCCGUGGCGCACACCCAGGAGCAGCGGCACCCAGCGCCCACCAACGUGUGCCCCCAUCCCGCCACGGCUCCGCUCGGCUGCAGCAGCGCAGCGCUGGAAUCAGGAGCAGCGACAAUGAGCUCAGACGUCCCGGAGGACAUCAGCGACAUCCAUUGCCUCCUGACUUGGAUCAACAACGAAGCGAUGAGUCUUCGCGAGGUCCCCCAGCCCAGCAACGACCUGCUGUGGAGGCAGCCCGAGCCGGCCGAGUGCCCAGCGCCCGCCCGCACCACCACAGGGCACGAGCAGCGCACUGGCAGCAUCCAGGCCCCAAAGAGGAAGCUGCCGCAGGGCCGGGAUGCUCCAGAAGCGAAACGCCGGCGCUAGGCGAGGCUGGGUGGGCUCAGCACAAGCGGGAGCGCCCGCAGAAACCGUGCCUGGAGCCCUGGGCUCCUCGCCGGCCCCCGCGGCACACACAGAGCAGCGGCAGUGCUCCAGGGGCACCAGCACCGGCCCCGGCCCUACCCCUCCAAACCUGGGCUGUCCACCACCACCACCGUGCACUGCGACCAUGUGGGACUCCGUUACAUCACCUUACCUUAUGUUCUGUUCUGUUCUGU